AUGCCUAAGGAUCAGGAGAGUUCGCAAUGCAGACAGAAUCAGCACAUUCAGACCCAGAGUGAGCCCCAGGGCCUAGAAAAUGCCCAGGUGUCCAAGGCUGUGGAGGAGACCUCUGCCUCCUCCCCCAAUCCUCUAAUGCCAGGCAACGUGAAGGAGGCUCCUGCUGCUAAGAUGCUGAGCACUCCUGAGGGUCCUCAGGGUUUGUGCUCCUCUGCCAUUGCUGUGGCAGCCACCUCAUCCAGCCACCCUGAUGAGGGCUCUAGCAGCAAAGAAGAGGAAAAAAGUGCAAGUGCCUCUCAAUCUACAGCAGCCCCUGAGAAUCUGCCCAUCGAUGCUCUUCACGAGAAAGUGGGUCGAUUGGUGGGUUUCAUGCUGCUCAAAUAUAAAAUGAAAGAGCCAAUAACAAAGGCAGAGAUGUUGAAGAUUAUCAUCAAAGACGACGAAGAUCACUUCCCUGAGAUCCUGCUGGGAGCCUCUGAGCGUAUGGAGAUAAUCUUCGGCCUUGAUGUGAAGGAAGUAGACCCCCCCAGCCACCGCUAUGGCCUCUUCAUCAAGCUGGGCCUCACCUAUGAUGGGAUGCUGAGUCCUGAAGACCGUGUGCCCAAGACCGGCCUCCUGAUCCUGAUCCUGGGUGCGAUCUUCAUGAAGGGCAACCGUGCCACUGAAGAGGAAGUCUGGGAAGUGCUGAAUGUAACGGGGUUAUAUUCCGGAAGAAAGCACUUCAUCUUUGGAGAUCCCAGGGAGUUCAUCACCAAAGAUUUGGUGAAGGAAAAGUACCUGGAGUACCGCCAGGUGCCCAACAGUGAUCCUGCACAGUAUGAAUUCCUGUGGGGCCCAAGAGCACACGCUGAAACCACAAAGAUGAAAGUCCUGGAGUUUGUGGCCAAAGUUCACGGGACUGACCCAAGUUCUUUCCCUUCUCAGUAUGAGGAGGCUCUGCGAGAUGAAGAAGAGAGAGCUCAAGCGAGAAUUUCGGUUAGGGCUGGUUCUAUUUCCACAGCCACUGCGAGUUCCAGUGCCAUGUCUGGUAGCUCCUCCCACACCUAG